AUCAAGUGUUAUGUAGCCAAUAAAUCGCGGGAAAAUUGAGCCCAAUUACUGAGGUAAAUAAAGUAAAAUGAAAGGCCCACCAACAAAAGAAAAUCUUCUGCACCUCGGAAAAUGUGAUGAGCUUUAUAAAAUACAGAACCUUGAUUUGUCGAGGCAUAACUUAACAGAGAUUGAUGUAGAUCUAUUCAACCAACUGACCUCCUUGGAGAGCCUUGACGUCUCCCAGAACAGCCUGUCCCACAUUCCCCACAACUUACACUUGCCCCAGCUGCGCAUUCUUGAUGUCGCUGAUAACAAGCUGACAUCAGUUGAUUUUGUCAAAAACUUCAGAUGCUUGACUGAGUUGUACAUUGAAGAUAACACUCUUAUUGAUGAAGAUGACUUUAUAGCCAAAGUACUUUGUCCCAGCCUGAAGUCACUGGAUGGUGGAUUUGACAUGGAGGCCAUAGACAGGGCCAUCUUUCAAUAUCGAAGUCAGCUGAAGCCCCAGAUUCAGGCCGUGUGGGAAGCCAGGUUUGCUGAGGUGUACAGCUCGGGUGUGCCUGUGUCAGAGAUUGAGAGUCUGCAUAAGGUGUUUGUAGACACUGUCCAUGAUGGCAACUUGGUCGGAGCCAACCUAACCAUGACGAAGUUCAAGACAUUCAUGAUAAGCCAUCUCUGUCAUGAGCUACUGGAGGAUGUAAAUAGCUUGACAAAGAAAUUCUCAAGGGGCUCUACCAACACACUGUCACGCUAUGGGACACGAGUUUCCUUAGGAAUUACACCAGAGAAGGACUACAGUCAUGGAACACCAAAGCUGAAAACAGAGGUUUCUGAAUCUGAAAGAAGCAAAAAACGGAAGAGAGAUGAGGACACAGAAUGCAAGCCUGUAAAGUCUCCAGAGGCAAAAAGAACAAAGACACAUCAUGUGACCCCAGUUGUGACACAGUUGACACCAGACACUGAAAUUAUUCCAUCCUCAGAAUGCCAAUAUGACCCUUCACUGUUCAUUCGGUGUCACUCUGAUAAAAAUGAUCCGGAAGACAGAAACACAAAAGUGUGGAAAUGUGCUUUUGAGCCAUUGAUUGGGGGGAAAAAAGGUGAGACAAGCAAUAUCCUGGCCAGCUGUGGAGGGAAAAUUGUGUGCAUUAUCGACUGUCAGACUGGAAAGGUGAUUAAACGCUACAAAGAUUCCAGCAAGUCAGAGUCGUUCUAUGCACUUGCCUGGACCACACUGAAGGCUGAUGGGGAGAACCUAAAGGAGGAUGCAAAUAUCCUGGCUGUGGCGGGGGAAGAUAGGCAAAUCAAGUUGAUUCACCCAACCCAGCUGGUGAUGUUUGGAUGUCUCAGUGGUCACCGUGGGUACAUCUCCUCCCUCGUCUUCCAUCCGAGUAGACCUGAAAUCUUGUUCAGUGGCUCCCGCGAUAACAAAAUCAUCAUGUGGCAGAUUUGCACACCAAAUUUCAAGGAUUUUUCCAUUAGGUGGAGUCGCUGUGCAGUUCUUAGUCUCAACAAAACGGAUGCUAUAUCUCUGAUGAUUGAGCCCAUGCUGAACGUGCUGCUAGUCGGCUGUGAGACUUCGUGCUUUGCUUGGAGCAUUGACAAAAUUAAAGAGGAAAAAAACACACAUCAGCCUGCACACUAUGAGUUUGUCCAUCCAAAACAGGGAGAGGAAGAUAACAAUGGGCCGACGGUGGAUGGCCUCGUUGCACUUCCUAACAGCUGUGUAGCCAGCAAAUGUGUAGGCCACUUAACGCUGUAUUUAUGGGACUUGGGGAGCCACGUGGGAAAGAUUUCCCAUUCCAAAUGUCGGCAAGUGAUAGUUGAGCCGCUAGCGUUUCUGCAAUACCGAAAGAUUGAAGUAGAUUACCUCUACCUGAGCGCUAACAGAGGGAUGUUGUGUGUGGGAGAUGAUGUUGGUAGGAUGUACAUUUACCAACUGGAGUCAGUGUGCAAGGACAAGAAACCAGAUAAAAAGCUCCUUCAGCCUUUGAUGGUGUUGGAGUACCCUGACCUUGUGAUUGACAAACAGUUUACAGGCAAGAUGAAGGAUUUGGAGAUAGGCAAGCAGCCUGUUGUGAAUUGCGUUGCCAUAUCGUCCAGUAAGGAGUACCUGGCCUGUGGUACAGACAACAAUGUCGUCUGCAUAUGGAGACUGAUGUAGCAACAAUGACCAAAUUAGCAUGACAAGAGUGGAGAAGAGUGUUACAUGACAUUGAAACAUUUUGCUGAAGAUUUUUUAAGUUUCUUUUAUACCAAUGUUGGACAUGAAUGUUGGUUGUUACUCAUAGUGUUAUGAAGUAUUAGACGAUGUUAACACUAUCCACUGAAGAUUCUUUCAGUUUCUUGUUGCCAAUGUUACACAUGAAUUUGUGUUUAUAAGUUGUAUGGGUGUAAAAAGAAAUGUCAAGAACAAAAUGAGUGUUUUUUCCAUGCUACAGUUCCCCUUGGAGCCUGUAAGUGGGUUGUAUUGAUGAUAGUGUGCCAGCAUUUCUAGUCAGGAUGUGUUCAGUUAAUUGAUCAUAGUACACUCAUGGUUACUCAUGGUUGUCUGAUUAGUGAGUUUGACUUUGUUAGGAUAGAGCAAUUUAUUAUUAGUAUUAUAGGCAAGUAGCAUUUUAAAUAUGUUUCAUGUUUUCAUCUUUUGAAUUUUAUGCGAUAUUCUGAGUUCCGUUUUAAUAGCAUGUAAUGGUAUAUAGCAUUACAAAUUGUUAUACAUUUAAUUACCUUUCUCUUUUUAUGUUUUUAUUUCAUAGUUUUGCUUUCCUUGUUUUCUUACCUAAAAUCUUUCUGAUUUUGACAUCUUAAAUGCAUAUAGUGUAUACUGUUUUAAACGAGUUGUUAUCUCGCUAUUGUAGCUUUGUACAUAUGUUUUAUAUUCAAUGAUUUUAAUGUUGUUAAUGAAUGUAAACAGUUUUAAGUGUAAAAUGUUCAAACAUUCCAGGAAUAUUUUUUUUUAAUUGAAGCGAAAUUACUGAGAGUGAAUUAACUUGUUCAAGAUUUUACUAUUGAGUGACUGUCAUGUUUUUUACCUGACAUGAAAAUGUUGCUCAAAAAUUGUUUUGGCUGGAUGUAGGUCUGUCUGUUGAUAGACCAGGUCGUUUCCAAACAAUAACUUGUGAAUAGAUUGACCAACGGGCUUGAUACUUCCCAUGUGCAUUGGCCUUUGCCAGUUGAUGUCUCCUAGUGAAAUUGGGGUCACUCUGUCAAAGGUCACUGUCACACCAAUAAUGAAAAUUGUUUCAGAUCAAUAACCUGUGAACUGAGGGACUAAUUGGCUUGAUACUUCCCAUUUGUAUUCGCCAGUAGAUGGCCCCUAUUAAAAUUGGGGUCACUAGGUCAAAGUCACUGUCAUAUUUGGUGUGAAAUUGUUUUCAAGCAAUCACUUGCAAAUGAUUCACUGAUCUGAUUGAUACUUCCCAUUUGCAUUGGACCAUAGAUGGCCCCUAAUGGAAUUGGGGUUACUAGGUCAAGGUCACUGUCACACUUAGUGGGAAAUCAUUUCUAAUCAAUAACUGGUCAACUGAUCCAUGAAUUGGCUUGAUACUUUCCAUGUGCAUUGGUCUUUAACAGUAGAUGACCCAUAUUAAAAUUGGGGUCACUUAGUCAAAUGUCAAGGUCACUUUCACAAUAAUUGUGAAAAUUCUUUCUUAUUAAUAAAUUGUCAAAGAAUUUACCGCUUGGCUUUAUACUUCACAUGUUGAUUUGCCUUGAACAGUAGAUGACCCCUAUUGAAGUUUGGGUCUUUAGUUCAAAGGUCAAGGUCACUGUGACUAUCAUAAGUGUUAAUUUGGUUUCCACUCGAUUUGUCAUUAAAGGAUUGAGUGAUGGGCCUCAUACUUUGCAGAUGCAAUGACCUUGAGCAGUAGAUAAUCCUUAUUGAAAUUUAGGUAAAUGAUCAAAGUCUUUGUGACAAUGUCCUGUGUUGGUAGGGGUGUGGGACAACUGUCUCCGACUGACCAUCUCUUGUUCAUGUUGAUAAUGCAGAGCUCCAUUGUGUUUGGAACCAUUAUGUUUUUAUGUCUUUAAAGAUGCAAAACAGCUGUUUAUUAGUUUUUAAAUAUGAGGCCUUGGAAUUGUCUUUAAGAGAGAAAUGUAUACAAUGUAUUUCUUGGCUCUUGCACUGUAAAGAUAUGACCUCACAAACACAAAGUGGAAGCCAGAAAGCAUUCACAUUUGUACGUCGCAUAACUUGUGUUUUCACUUCCUCGUUAUCUACUGUUUGCAUCUCACUUUAGAGUUAAUGUGUAGGUGAGUGUAAAUACAUUAUUGUUUGCGACAAUGGUUGUGGGCAAAAUAAAGGCCCUUUGUUCUACUAAAGAAUAUUUCGAUCAAAAAUUGUGUGUUUCAACUCAAUGUGUUCCCACAUAUUAGGACUAAGACGCAGUCUCUUACACAAACUUUUUCUGUGCUUUUACCAGCCCAUGUCUCAUAUGUCAAUGGGUAUUUUUUUAAUAUGUGUUAAAAUAGGUCUUUUCACUGUUUGACAUGUCUUUCAACUUUUGUCCACCUGUCGUUAAACUUUGGGUUAGCCCUCCUGCUGACGUUAAAUUAAAUACUGCCGACAGGGAAUGACAAUUCAUCGACAGUUCCUGUGUGCUUUUGUCUUGAAGAAUUCCACUGUAUUUCUUUUUCAAGAACUGUUUGAUCAUCUUCUGCUCUUGUGACCUUUGGUUGAUGAAUAUUUCAAACGGACUUUGGCAAACAAGAGGAGUUUCAAUUUUCCACUCCGAAAGCACAUUAAAUGAUUUUGUGGACAAUGGCUUUGUUUGAGGUGUACCAAAGCAACGUCGACAUGUUUCAUCAGUAUCUUCAAAGCUAGAAUCUGUGUCACAAUUAUAAGAUUUCCAAUAAUACAAAACAGAUUCCUUCAGUCUUUCGGACAGAAAAUCAUCUCGCAAUUUAAAACGCAUGUAUUCCCCUGAAGAUUCUUUAUACUUUUUUAUAGAUCCAGAAAAGAACACAAAUUCUGAACACGUUUCCUUGUGGUUUGUUUUUACAUAUGAUGAUAUUAUAGUCUUAAUAUCAGGAAUGAAAGCCUGGCUGCCUUCUGAAAUGUCUGCAUAAACAUAUAAUGACUUAUCAUGCGUACAGUGACUGGUACAAUCAGGCAAUACAAUUGCAUUCAAAAAGCUCUGGUCAGGCAUUGCAUUCAUCACUUGUGACUCAAUAAUAGAAGGACUGUGUUUUUUUCCUCCGAUACAUAUUUGCUCACCCAUUUCAGCAGGUUCCCGUCACUUUCUUCUUUCAAAAAUUUCAUUUCUUGACUGCUCCAUUAUCGUCCCUGCAAGUUGGUGCGCCUGUUGCAUUUGGGAUAAGAAUUUAGUUUUUUCAUAAUUGUUGUCUCAGAUGAAUCACUUUCAAUUUUAAAAUCUCAAUCUCUCAUAAAAUGCAAUUCAAAGAAACAUUUUCCUACAGCUUUCUUCAGUAAACUCAUUUUUAGCGAGGCUGUUUUCGGAGAAAACCCGAGCUAUUGUCAUAGCCAGCUCGCCAUCCGACGUCCACCGCAGGCGUCGUGCUCAAACCUUAACAUGGGCCAUAACUUUUUAUAUAUUGAAGAUGGUACCUUGAUAUUUGGCAUGCAUGUGUAUCUCAUGGAGCUGCACAUUUUGAGUGGUAAAAUUUCAAGGUGAACAUCAUCCUUCAAGGUCUAGGGUGCAAAAAACAAAGUCAAGGGAAGUAAUAAGCUUUAAAUGGACAUAGUUAUCUGAACUGCCCACGUAUAUAUUUUUGUUAAAUAAAUCAAAGCGGCGCAGUAGGCGGCAUUGUGUUUCUGACAAACACAUUGUUGUAAAAGGUCAAGGUCAUCCUUUACGGUCUACGGUAAAAAAUACAGAUUUAAGGGAAGUAAAAGCUUUAAAAAGGGAGUAAUUUAUUCAAUAUUUAACAUAGCCACUUUAUUUAUUUGGCAUGCAUGUGUAUCUCAUGGAGCUGCACAUUUUGAGUGGUGAAUCUACAGUCACGGUAGUGGCUUUUAAUUAUUUGCUACUAAAAAUAGAGAUUUGUUACAGACAAUUAUUUUCAAGGGAAGUAAUUUAUAUAAUUAUAAAUCUCAUAUUAUAUAUUUCCUUACCAAGAAUUGAAGUUUUUUUACAGUUACUGUACAGAUUUAUUAUUUUGAUUAUUUAUAACUCUCCAUGAUUGAUUUGUCAAAGUUUUUUUUUAAAUGAUAUAAUUAUAAUUUCUUUGAUGGUCAUAACAUACCUGUGGACUUAUGUCCAUAGAUACAUGAUCAACUCUGGCUAUGAUCUCUUUUAAACCACAGGCCUUGGUUGUCAGUGAUGUCUGACAUGGUCUUAUUGACUGUGAGACCAUCCCCACUCUGCCCCCCCCCCCCCCCCCCCUGUUGGAAUCGACAAAAUUCAAGGGAAGUAAUAACCUUUAAAGGGAGAUGAUUUCUAUACCUGCCAAAUGAUAAAUAGAAAUUUUAUUUCAAUGCGGCGCAGUAGGGAGCAUUGUGUUUCUGACAAACACGUCUCUUGUUGGGUCACUAGGUCAAAGGUCAAGGUCACUGUGACCUCUUAAAAAAAACAAAAACUGACAAGCUUUCGCAGCCGAGCGUGGCAACCGUUAUGCGGUGCUCUUGUUGUAAAAUGAAUUUAAUGUUGAAAUGUAACUUCUCAAUUUUAAGUUCCGACAAAAGGACUUUAGAUAGAAAAUCAGCAUAAGCUAUAUGUUUGGAUAUCUCUUUUGUAGAUGUAAUGGAGGUUUCCUCUGACUGUUUAACUAAUAUCCCCCGAAUUUCCUUCGUUACCUGUCUACGCACUUCAUAAGUGUUGCGAUAUGACAUACAGUAUUGCACUAAGUCUCCAGUUUAAAUGAAGAUUUUCCUUCAACACUUUUUACACUGUGAUCUUUUCCUUUCAACCAACUGAAAAUGUUGCCACUUUUAAUUGCUGGUUUAUCUCCACACUUAUUGCUUUUCAGAAAUGCUUUGAACUCAUCAAAGGUAAUAUAUUCUUAAUCAUUUUCGUCAAAGACUAUUGUAAGUUUCCUCACUGAUGGAAUAUGAAAAGUCAUCUUGGUUUUCAAUCUGAAAGAGUGAAAAAAACUGUCUCUUAAAAUCAUUAAAAUCAUUUAACUUCUAUAAGUUUUCAUUUCAGUCAUUUCAUAUUACGUUUUCGGUGUUUGUUACAUGUCAAGUUUAAAAUCUAACAAAGGUGAGCAUAAGUUUAUUUUACGAACAAAUUUCAAGCUUACCUGUUUUAUACAUAUCCAAAAGAUCAAAAUACAUUUUUUAGUUGGCAAUUUAUAUUUAUCACAAACACCAUAAAGCAACUUCAUUGUCACAAGUCUUGAUGUAUCACAGACACCAUAAAGCAACUUCAUUGUCACAAGUCUUGAUGCUCUGAAGCAACUUCAUUGUCACAAGUCUUGAUGCUCUGAAGCAACUUCAUUGUCACAAGUCUUGAUGCUCGGGGAAGACACUUCACAUGCUGAGCUUGUUUUUUUUCAGCACAAAUUUAAAGAAAAAAUCGUCACACUUGCUGACUAGUUUCUGACAAAAGUCAUUAUCCCUGGACAGAGUUGCCACCACACUUUCAACAGAUGUGUAGACAAACAGGUCACAUGAUUGCACAUCAUGUACAUACAUCUGAAGCUGGAUUUGUGUGUAGUAUCUAUGGCUGCUUUUUAAUUCACCUUCCUUAUUUAAACAAAAGUCUUUGUCCUUAAUGUCUUGAUUUUUUUCUCCCUAUGUUUAUAUGGGCACUUGUGGGAGCGUUCUUUAGAUCUCCCCAAAAGACACCAUGUACUGGUACUAGGCCCAGGAAAAGGACUCGAGAGCGUUUAUAUAAGCCUUAGGCUUUCAAUUUAAUCGAGCUAAAAUAAAUAGGUUUAAACUAUUUGGGCACUUAAUCUCUAACAGUCUGUUUGGGCAACAGGCACAUUUUACUACCCAAUCAACAGACACGGCAAUAAAUGGUUUCUCUUGAUGAACCAGCAGACCUGCAGUCAUGACAUUCAAAUACUGGUGAUUCCCCUUCUGCUGUUGAACAUACUCAUGUCUUGCCUUUUCUUCAUUGUUAUUUCCCAUUUCACCGCCGCUUUCCCAGACAAAUUGUAACACUUGCUUCCUGUUAUAUGCCUAACCAGAUUAUCUGUGUUUGAAGAUACCUUGAUGACGAAAACAUCAUGGGCUUUCAUGCCAGUUAUCUGCUCUUUUCUAUGCUCAAACAAUCGUGGACAAACAGACUGUCCACGUGUCUCCUUCAUUUAUAAUGACUCCAAAAUAGAUUUAUUACACAUGUAAUUAAUAGUCUCAAAACAGGUAUAACACAAUAAAGACAGUAAAUAAAAUAUAAAGAAAGCGUCAUAUAAUCCCAUAAGUAAGAAGGAAAUGUCGGACAUUUACUAAACAGGUCUUACUCAAAAUAUGUGCUUUACCCCACCCACUCAGUUGUUAAGGUUGUAAUUAAUACAAAACAUUGCAAAAGGUUCUUAAUUCACAAAGAUCUUUUCGUAAUGAUGAAAAUAUCUGUAAGCUUUUAGUGACUUGUAUGCUUUCAGCGACUCUGGUAAACGAUCCCGGCGAUUUAAUUAAAUAUGCCCAGAUGUCAAUGUAGUCGAUUUCAGGCCACAGUGAAGGAUCGUCUUUCCAAUCAUUCUUCAGAGUGUACGGGUCAGACAAGAUGUUCUGACCAUAAUUAUACAUUAACUUUAUAACAAAUCGUUGUUUGGCCUCUGGGUUCAAUUUUUUUACGUAAUCUGACAGCUGUAUAUCCGGUGAUAAUGGAGCGAUUCUCUUCAACGCCAUGUCGGCCAUUUUCAUUGUUGUUUUUUUUGCCCACCAGCUUACUGCGCAUGCGCAAGAUGCGAAUCUUUUAUUUGUAAGCUUAAUGACCCCUAUUAAACUGGUCGAUAACUCUCUGAAACAUGUUGCAGCAGAUUUAGAUCUCGCCAGAGAUAACACCUGGGUUUAUUUAUUUUCGCCAAGCAGGCUGUGAUCAGCCUGGCAGGGAAGUGUGCAUAAUGACCAUACACACAGAACAGUUAACACUGAUUAGUUAUGCUGAUAAGCGAUGGCUAAAAUCUACACUUUCUGGGAGUAACUUGGUAGGGCUGAGUAGUUAAUUCAGACAUGUCAAAUUUUCUUUCCAAAAAUUACAUGAUUAAGGGCCAUAAUCAGGUUUUAACCGCUUAAAAAUCCAAUCAUCAAAAAGAGGCUUCAGUUGAAAUAAAUCACCAACUGCUUAUACUGAGUUAUCCAGCUAGACCUUAACAAGUGUCUUGUUCUCAUAAGGAAGUAGUCCAAGUCUGAAUUGAUUAUCUAUGGUAGUAUUCAAAUUAUUGAACUUAUUAAAAAUAUUACCCUAAAGUCUAAAUUAAAAAGGGGCAUAACUCUAACAAUAAUGCUGACAGAGUUAUGCACCAUGACCUACACUAUUGUCUUGUUGCCAUAAAGAAGUACCGGUAUUCCAAGUUUGAGUUCAUUAUCGUUGAAAGUGUUUUAAGUUAUUUGACUUGUAAAAAACUUUAACAAACGCCGGAGCGAGUAGUAUAGCUCUCAUUUUUCUUUGAAAAGUCGAGCUAAAAAAGUGAUUUCAGCCCUGCGAGUUUUGUCUUUUUGUCCACAAAAGAAUAGAGUAAUGGAUUUCUGUAUGCAGACAGGGGGCCUUUGCUCCUUAGACACAUAUUUCAGUUAAUAUUGGUUUUACUGGUAUGUUUUAAGUCUUGUUUUGUAUUAAAUUGUACUGAGUUGAUAACUGUUCAUCAAUUCCCAACCAAAGAGUGUGGCUUUAAAUUUAUGAACCAGAAUGUAUGCAACAUUAUUAAGGUUACGUAAAAUACAGGAAACUCUGUAUAAGCUAAUUUUGCUACCUCUUGUUUAGUUUAAUUUCAAUAAACAAUCCAUGUAUCUGUCCAUACUGCGGCCAUAAUGCUGCAAUGAAUCAAAUUUUGAGUAAAAUAUGUGAUAGUGUGUAAAUAUCAUAUAUUUUUGUAUUCAUUUAUUUUGAGACUUGUUUGCUUACCUGGUACGGAUUAUUGUUUGCUGUAUGUUAAAUUAAUAUGUACAUAACGUUUAUUUUGGGCAAAAAAUACAAUAACAAUUUCA